AUGGCCUGCGAGAUAACCAAAGUUGCAAUUGCAGGGGCCACCGGCAACCUGGGCCCGGCCAUCCUCGAGCAGCUCCUCGCGGCAGGCUUCGAAGUGACCGCCCUGACACGCGCGGGGAGCACGCACACCUUCCCCGCCAGCGUGCGCGUCGCGCCGGUCGACUACGACUCAUUGGAGUCGCUGGUCUCGGCGCUGCGCGGGCAAGACGCCGUGGUCUCGACGCUCGCGUCGGCCGCGCUCGCCAAGCAGCUGCUCCUGGUCGAGGCGGCCGCGCAGGCCGGCGUGCGCCGCUUCAUCCCCUCCGACUUCGGCUCCAACACGGUGCACCCCAAGGCGGCCGCGCUGCCCGCCUACGCCGACAAGGUGGCCGUGCAGCGGGCGCUGCAGGAGAAGGCCGCCGCUGCGCAGCCGGGCGGGCUGUCCUACACGGUCGUGCUGACGGGCCCGUUCCUGGACUGGGGCCUCAAGGUCGGCUUCGUGCUCGACGUCGGGCGCCGGCACGCCGUGCUGUACGACGGCGGCGAGCGGGUGUUCAGCACGACCACGCUGCCGACGAUCGGGCGCGCGGUCGUGGGCGUGCUGCGCAAGCCCGAGGAGACGCGGAACCGGGCGGUCUAUGUCCACGACACGGCGACGACGCUGCGCGCGCUGUACGAGCUGGGGAAGAAGGCGACGCCCGGGGAGACGUGGACCGAGGAGGUCGUCCGCAUCGAGGACGAGCUCGCCGACGCCUGGGCCGAGCUGAAGAAGGAGCAGCCCGAUCCGGCGAAGUUCGUCGUCAAGUUCUACCGUGCCGCCGUCUGGGGCGAGGGAUACGGCGCGCACUUUGAGACGACGGACAAUGAGCUGCUGGGCAUCAAGGAGCUUACCGAGGAGGAGCUGCAGGCCAUUGUGAGCCGCUACGCAUAG